CGCCUCGGCUAUGCGGACGCACUCCUCGCCGAGUGCGAGUCCUUCGGCGCGAGUCCUUACCGCAGCGGCCGUCGAGCGUGCGGUCCGCGACAUGAACCACGACUACUCGCGUCCCUCCACCUACUUUAAUUCGCGCCUUUACAAAGUCACAGAAGCCCAUCGGGCGUUGGAGCUUCUUGAAGACUACCAUUCAAAGCUGAUCAAGCCGCAGGACAAACAGCUGCGACUUGCCAUUGAACGAGUGAUCAGGAUCUUCAAGUCAAGGCUUUUCCAGGCCCUCUUAGGCAACCAAACGUACCGCAUCCAAUGGCACCGCAUACAGCGCCAAACGCAGGAACAGAACAGAAAUCAAUAACGCGGCAAAACAUUCGUAAUAUUAUGUUCAUAAUUCAUUAACAGUGGAGUAAAUAUAUCUGAAAGUGAUUCUGGACGAUAGCUGUAACUACAACACAGAAUGAUGUUAAUGUCACUAUCAUCGUAUCUGCAAGCGAUUGACAAGUACUGGGACAUGCAGGAUGGCUACAAAAUUGCGCAAUUACUCUCAAUCAAAUACAAUCAAGUUGCAAAUCUUGCGCAGGAAAAUCCAGGCAAUCUAGUAUCAAAACUGGUCAAGAUACCUAUUGAUGAAAUAGUUGCAUGUCAUCUCAAAUGUGUAUUUUAUGCAACUAACCAUAAGUUCCUGGAUGCAUACCAGCAGCAGAGCCAAUUAACACAGGCUUUAACAAAAAUAAUGCAAGCCAGGAGGGAGGAAAAUUGGUUCCUGCCUUUGAUGUAUGUAGCUUGUUUAGAUCUGCGUCUCCUGGCACAGCGUGCCGAAAAGGAUGGAAUCGGUGACACUGAUAAACCAGGCGAGAUCCUCGAAAAGGCUGCAGAAUGUCUCAUGGGCUGUUUUCGUGUCUGCGCUGCCGAUAACCGCGCAUCAGAAGAAGACACAAAACGUAUUGGCAUGCUAAAUCUCGUCAAUCAGUUGUUCAAGGUGUACUUUCGGAUAAACAAGCUGCACUUGUGUAAGCCUCUGAUUAGGGCGAUUGAUUCACUGCCGUUCAAAGAGAGCUUUUCGCUGAGUCAACAGAUAACGUAUCGGUACUUUGUGGGGCGGAAGGCGAUGUUUGACAGCGACUACAAGGCGGCCGACCAAUACCUUACCUAUGCGUUUGAAAACUGUCACAGAUCAAAUAAAAAGAACAAGCGCCUGAUCCUGAUUUAUCUCGUUCCGGUGAAAAUGUUAUUAGGGUAUAUUCCAAGCAAGCGCGUGCUUGAAAAGUAUGAUGUUGUGCAGUUCUGGGACUUGGUGCAAGCAGUAGUCCAAGGAAAUUUGCGCGUGUUCGAUGAACUCAUGAUUGAACAUGAAGAAUUUUUCAUAAAGUGUGGGAUUUAUUUGAUUGUCGAUAAACUUAAGAUUAUUGCUUAUAGGAACCUAUUUAGGAAGGUGUAUUUAAUUUUGGGAACGCAUCAGAUACCUGUGGAGGCAUUACAAACUGCACUGGUGUCAUUAGGGCAAGCAGAUGUGGAUUUGGAUGAGACACAGUGUAUUGUUGCGAAUUUAAUUUACGAAGGAAAGAUUAAGGGAUACAUUUCACAUCAGCAUAGGAAAGUUGUUGUCAGCAAACAGAAUCCUUUUCCACCACUCACUUCCUUAUCAUAUCCAACUAAUGGAUAAACAUAUUUAUUGCAACAAAAUAUCAUAGAUAAGUUUCAUCAGUUUGUAAACAAUAUAGACCCAAAAGACGAACAUCAUGAGGUUAUAAUUGAGCACAAAGUAGAAGAAACACAUUUUGACCAACGUGUUUUCUUUGAAUUGUUUUUGAACAUUGUGAAAAAAGUGCACAGCCAACUGAUACAAGUAAAUUAAUUUUGUAAAAUACUUCCAAUACACAAAAUAUGAUGAAUUUUUAUCAAUUUCA